ACAAGAAAAUUUAUUUAAUUACAUCUGACUAUCUCACCUGCUUCCUUUCCAGCAAAUGUACAGCCACCAUUUCCAUUUCCAUUUCCACCCUCUCAUCAGUUACUUCAAUUUCAUUUCAUUAAUUAUUAGUAAUACUUUAUAUUUUACAUUUACUUCACCCAUGCCUUCCUUCUUGCUCUCCAUUCUUUCUCUCUCUUCAUCUACAACAAAACAACUUAAAGCUUCCAUUUUUAUGCUACCCAUUUCAACCCCACAUAACCCAUUUCAUUUUUUUUAACACAACAUUAUGGAAUCUUUGUUCUAGAUGCUUGAACAAAUAAUAGUGAUUUAAAAAAUCUUCACUUUGUUCAAGCUGUCAUUUUUUUUUCUCUCUCUUUCUUAAUGAGAAUGCUCUAAGUGUUGGUGACAAUAAUGAUGUUUUGUUUCUUAUUGGACCGACAUUUUGCAAAAACCACAAACAUUGUAGCUGAGAAAACAACACAAUAAUGUCUGAAGGGUGAUCACAAAAUCACAUUGUUUUCAGCAUGAGAACACUGUGUCAAAUUCAUCUUUCUCAUGCUCUAUUCAUUCCCAUUUUCUGUUUGUUUUGGUCUAUUGCAACUGUUUCACCAGCAACUGAGAAAGAGAUUUUACUUCAAUUCAAGGGUAACAUCACAGAGGAUCCAUACAAUACAUUGAGUUCAUGGGUUUCAAGUGGAGACCCUUGUCAAAAUUACAAAGGUAUUUUCUGUAACAUUGAAGGAUUUGUAGAAAGAAUAGUGCUUUGGAACACUAGCUUAGGUGGUGUGUUGUCACCAGCACUCUCAGGGUUGAAGAGGUUGAGGACAUUGACAUUGUUUGGAAAUCGAUUUUCGGGUAAUAUCCCAGAUGAUUAUGCUGAACUUAAGUCAUUGUGGAAGAUCAAUGUGAGUUCCAAUGUGUUAUCCGGUUCGAUACCGGAUUUUAUUGGUGAUUUGCCUAACAUUCGGUUUCUAGAUUUAUCAAAGAAUGGUUUUAUUGGAGAGAUACCUUCUGCUUUGUUUAGGUACUGUUACAAAACUAAGUUUGUUUCUCUUUCUCAUAACAAUCUUGUUGGUUCAAUUCCUUUAUCUCUGGUGAAUUGCAUAAACCUUGAAGGCUUUGAUUUUUCUUUCAAUAAUCUUAGUGGUGUUGUCCCUUCUAGAAUCUGUGAUAUUCCUAUGUUAUCAUAUGUAUCUCUGAGAAGCAAUGCCUUAUCAGGGAGUGUGAAAGAGUACAUUUCUGCAUGCCAUAGUCUAAUGCAUUUGGAUUUUGGUAGUAAUAGAUUUACUGAUUUGGCUCCAUUCAGCAUCCUUGGAAUGCAAAAUCUUACCUAUUUCAAUAUAUCCUAUAAUGGGUUUGAAGGUCAAAUUCCUGAUAUGACUUCAUGUAGUGAGAGAUUAGAGAUCUGUGAUGCUUCGGGGAAUAAUUUGGAUGGGGUGAUUCCAUCCAGCAUAACUAGAUGCAAGAACCUAAAACUCUUGUCAUUGGAGUUGAAUAGGCUGAAGGGGAGUAUCCCGGCUGAUAUUCAGGAGUUGCGAGGGCUAUUGGUUAUCAAACUGGGCAAUAACUCGAUAGGCGGAAUGAUUCCUGAGGGGUUCGGCAACAUUGAGCUGCUUGAAUUGCUGGAUUUGAGCAACCUAAACCUCACUGGCGAAAUUCCGGUUGACAUAACAAAUUGCAAGUUUCUUCUUGAGCUGGAUGUCUCUGGUAAUAACUUAGAUGGUGAGAUUCCUCCGGCCAUUUACAAAAUGACAAAUCUUGAAGCCCUUGACCUACGUUAUAACCAGCUUAAGGGAAGCAUCCCCUCAAGCCUAGGAAACCUGUCAAGGAUCCAAUACCUAGAUCUAUCACAUAAUUCACUUGCUGGUUCAAUCCCUCCUUCUCUUGGAGAUUUAAAUAACUUGACACAUUUUGAUCUCUCAUUCAACAAUCUCUCUGGUGUCAUUCCUGAUAUUGCAACCAUACAGCAUUUUGGUGCACCUGCAUUUUCCAAUAAUCCUUUCCUCUGUGGCGCUCCUUUGGAAACCACUUGCUCAAUAAACGGAACUAGAUCAUCGUCUUCACCUCCUGGGAAGACUAAAAUUCUCAGCGUCUCUGCAAUUAUUGCCAUUGUUGCUGCAGCUGUCAUUCUUACUGGGGUUUGUUUGGUGACCAUCAUGAGUAUUAGAGCCCAACGUAGAAAAAAGGACAAUGAUCAGAUUAUGAUUAUUGAUGAGAGUACACCUCUAGGAUCAAGAUCAACAGAAUCAAAUGUUAUAAUUGGAAAGUUGGUUCUCUUCAGCAAAAGUUUACCAUCAAAAUAUGAAGAUUGGGAGGCAGGCACUAAAGCAUUGCUUGAUAAAGAGUCUUUGAUAGGUGGUGGAUCGAUUGGUACAGUCUACAAAACCGAUUUUGAAGGUGGCAUCUCAAUUGCAGUGAAGAAGCUUGAGACUUUGGGAAGGAUCAGAAAUCAGGAGGAAUUCGAAAACGAAAUCGGGAGACUAGGUAACAUUCAACACCAUAAUUUAGUUGCCUUUCAAGGUUACUACUGGUCCUCUUCAAUGCAAUUGAUUUUGUCAGAGUUUGUUUCAAAUGGGAAUCUUUAUGAUAAUCUACACGGGCAUGGUUAUCCUGGAACAAGCACAAGUAGAGGUAAUAGGGAAUUAGAUUGGUCUAGAAGGUUCCAAAUUGCACUUGGAACUGCAAGAGCCCUUGCCUAUCUCCACCACGACUGUCGACCUCCGAUCCUUCACCUCAACCUUAAAUCCUCUAAUAUUCUCUUAAAUGACAAGUAUGAAGCCAAGUUAUCUGAUUUUGGAUUAGGAAAGUUGUUACCGAUUUUGGAUAAUUACGGUUUGACCAAGUUCCACAAUGCUGUUGGUUAUGUUGCACCAGAGUUAGCUCAAAGCUUUAGGCAGAGUGAGAAGUGUGAUGUUUAUAGUUUCGGAGUCAUUCUUUUGGAGCUGGUUACAGGGAGGAAGCCUGUAGAAAGUCCAACCACAAGUGAGGUUGUGGUUUUGUGUGAAUAUGUGAGAGGCCUGUUGGAGACUGGCUCGGCUUCACAUUGUUUUGAUAGAAAUUUACUGGGAUUUACUGAGAGUGAAUUGAUUCAGGUUAUGAGAUUGGGGAUAAUAUGUACUUCGGAGGAUCCUUUAAGGAGACCAAGCAUGGAUGAGAUUGUUCAGGUCCUUGAGUCCAUCAGAAAUGGAUUGGAAUCUCAUUAACCAGUAAGAGCUUUUCCAUGCAACUCAGAGUUAGAGUAAUUGGUUAAUUAUUAAACUCUUCCCGGAACGUUAGUAUCAGAUGGAGCAUACAUGGAAGGAAAUCCAGAUCAACUCUGGUUGCUAGAGGGGGGGAGGAGAGGAUGAAAAUUCUUUAGUAAUUCAUUUUAUAUCAGUAUUACCAUUUUUUUAUAUAGAAUUUGUAACAUUGCAAUAAAAGCAGUUAUUCAUUCCAUUGUUUCAAAUGUUUUCAAGGGAAAAACUGCCUAUUAUUCGCA